AUGGAGGAGGGGCUCCCGCCGGGGUUCCGGUUCCACCCGACGGACGAGGAGCUGAUUACCUACUACCUCACCCGCAAGGUCUCCGACUUCGCCUUCGCCACCCGCGCCAUCGCCGACGUCGACCUCAACAAGUGCGAGCCAUGGGACCUCCCAAGCAAAGCUAGCAUGGGCGAGAAGGAAUGGUACUUCUUCAGCAUGCGUGACAGGAAAUACCCGACGGGAAUCAGGACGAACCGCGCCACCGACUCAGGCUACUGGAAGACGACCGGCAAGGACAAGGAGAUCUUCCACUGCGGCAUGCUCGUGGGGAUGAAGAAAACCCUAGUCUUCUACAGGGGAAGGGCUCCCAAGGGCCAGAAGACCAGCUGGGUCAUGCACGAGUACAGGCUCCAGAACAAGUUCCCCUACAAGCCAAACAAGGAGGAAUGGGUGGUGUGCAGGGUGUUCAAGAAGUGCCAGGUCAUCAAGGUGAGACCGCCACAGGACAGCCCCACGAUGGGCUCCCCAUGCCACGACGCCGCCAACGCCGCCAACGCCUCCCUGGGCGAGCUCGGGGAGCUCGACGUCUCCUCCAUCCUCGGAGGCCUGGCCGCCGCCGCGGCGCACACAUCGUCCGGCUCGCCACUGGGCGCUCUGCACCACCAGGGCUCCACCGCCGCCGAGAUCUUCGUCGGCGCCCACAGGCCGGCGGUGGACAUGAGCGCGUACAUGAGCUGGAUGGCGGCGGCGGCCAACCAGGGCGCCGCAGCGGCCGCGGCCAUGCUUCCUUGGGCCACGCCGUCGCCACCGGGAUUGUUCGGCAAUGUCUUCGCGCCGAAUAACCACCAGCUGCUGCAGAAGCCGCUUCCGUUCGCCGGGUGCAGCCAGCCGCGAGAGCUCGGUGGCGUCGUGGCAAACAACGUCGUCGGAAGUGGUGAGCAUGCCAUGUUCGGGGGCUCCGUGGUGGAGGUUGGCAUGGAAUGUGAUCAGCAGCAGCAGCCGGAGCAGCAGCUGGGGAUGGACGAGUCGACAUGGAGAACAUUCUGA